AUGCAGAACUGGUAUUGCUACGCCAAGACGGUGGCCGAGCAGGGCGCAUGGGAGGUGGCGCGGAAGCGAGGCCCCCUGGACCUGAUCGUGGUGAACCCGCCGGUGCUGUUGCUGGGUCCGUUGCUGCAGCCGACGGUGAACGCGAGCACGGACCACGUGAUGAAGUACCUGACGGGGUCGGCCAAGACGUACGUGAACGCCGCGCAGGCGUACGUGCACGUCCAGGACGUCGCGGAGGCGCACGUCCGGGUGUACGAGGCACCCGACGCGCACGGCCGCUACAUCUGCGCCGAGAGCACCCUCCACCGCGGCGAACUCUGCCGCAUCCUCGCUAAGCUCUUCCCAGAGUACCCCAUACCCACAAACACGCGCACACGUACGCAGGUGCAAGGACAAGGUGAACCCUCCGGUGAUAGGAUACAGUUCACGAACCAGCGGCUCAAGGAUCUGGGGAUGGACUUUGUGCCGGUGCUGCAGUGCCUCUACGAGACAGUGAAGAGCCUCCAGGAGAAAGGCAUGCUGCCCGUGAUUCAGCCAAAAGACGACCAGGACCAACUCCACAAAUCAUGA